AUGACAAUCCCACGCUUGGAAUUAUCUGCCGCAUGGUUGCUAACACAACUGAUACUUCAUGUUAAAGAAGUUCAGUCGCUUGAAAAUGUCAGGAUCAAUCUCUGGACUGACUCCGCCGUGACUCUCGCAUGGAUUAAAAGUCCAGCAAUCCGCUGGAAGACAUUCGUCCACAAUAGAGUGGGAAAAAUCCAAGAAACGCUUCGAGAUGUCUCCUGGAAAUUUAUUCCAGGAAAACAAAACCCCGCUGACUGCGCUUCAAGAGAAUCCUCUUGGCCCACUCUGGAACCUCCAACCGACAACGCAACGCAUCGAGAAGAACGCCAAGGUCUGACACUAGUAACUUGGAAAGCAGAAAAUUGCCUGCUCCAACAAUUACUGUCGCAUUACACGCAGCUGUUUCCACUGCUACGGAAACUCAGCAUCUGGCAUCGUGCCAUCGACCGCUUUAAAAGAGUUCCACAAUCUUCGCUGGCCUACCCGCUUACUCCAUCAGACCUGGAGCGCGCUAAAUUGACCUUGAUUAAGUACACUCAAGGACAAUACUUCGCUAGAGAGAUUCACACGCUACAAGAUGGUGAUGGUCUGCCUAAAAAUAACAGCAUCACUAAGCUGACUCCGUUCAUCGACCAUCAGGAAGUCCUGAGAGUCGGUGGCCGCUUGAAAAACGCAUUGCUGGACCCAGAAGAGAGGCAUCCAGCGAUUCUACCGCGACAAUCACCGCUUACAUCAAUUUUGAUUGAUGAUUCGCACCGCAAAACGCUUCACGGAGGUACUCAGCUUACGCUCGCUGACUUACGCAAGAGUGUCUGGAUCAUUGGAGGCCAUGUUCCAGUCAGAUCAUUUAUUUUACGCUGCGUUAUCUGCACGAGACACCGUGGAGAACGCGCUCAACAGUUGAUGGGUCAACUACCCGCCGCACGAGUACAGCCAACUCGAGCCUUCUUGCAUACAGGACUCGACUACGCUGGACCUAUCACGCUGAAAACGUUUCAAGGACAUGGAGCAAAAACAUACAAAGGCUGGAUUGCAGUCUUUGUAUGCAUGUUCAGUUCAGCUGUACAUUUAGAGCUAGUAACUGACUACACCGCUGCCGCUUUCAUCGCCGCUUAUCGCCGCUUCACUAGUCGCCGAGGUAUCUGCCACACGCUAUAUUCAGACUGUGGAACCAAUUUUGUAGGAGCAGAUAAAGAACUGAAACGACUAUUCACUGCAGAAUCCCGCACAUUACGAGAAUUAUCAACCUUGAUCGCUCAAGAUGGCACGAACUGGAAAUUCAAUCCGCCUGGAGCUCCAAAUUUUGGAGGAAAAUGGAAAGCCGCUGUGAAAUCUAUCAAAUUUCACCUUCGAAGAACAAUCGGAGACUCGCUGUUGACGCUUGAGCAAUAUUCAACGCUACUGGCUCAAAUUGAAGCCAUAUUGAAUUCCAGACCGCUCACACCGCUGAAUGAAGAUCCUGCUGACCUGGCUGUACUGACUCCAGGUCACUUCUUAAUCGGACAUUCACUGACCGCUAUCCCAGAGCCAUCGCUGACAGAUUUACAACCUGCUCGGCUCUCGCACUGGGAACAAGUCCAGCAAAUGGUUCAACAUUUGUGGAAACGCUACUACCAGGACUGCAUCCACCGCUACCAGGCCAUUUCAAAGUGGCAUCAUCGACGCAACCAGAUCAAGGUGGGUUCAGUUGUACUGAUCACCACUGAGGAUCUCCCGCCAACCAAGUGGCCAUUAGCCAAAGUAAUUGCUGUCCAUCCAGGUGAAGAUGGACAAAUCCGCGUGGUAACUGUUAAGACAGUUAACACAGAGCUGGUACGUCCAAUUACAAAGCUCUGUGUCCUGCCGCUAACGCAUGAAGAAGAUGAUCUUGUCGACGCAGCCGCCAACCUGGGUAAAAUGUUCGGUGAACAAGGCCCAGUAGCGAUUAACUCGCUCCUGGAGGACUCCCAAAUUUAA